CAUCUCCUAGAAGAGUCCCGGCGAGGUGUAGCCGGAGCCCAGACGCCCGCAGCGGUGGUGGAGGAGACAGCGACAGCAGCGGCAGCGACAGCUUCGGCCCCCGGGGGAACAACCAGCCGGCCAGCACCAUGGAGGAUCAGCAAAACCUCAUCUCCAACCAGGAACGCAUGCCAAUCAUGGGAGUGAACUCCAGAUCCCCACGGUCCUGCAGCGGUGGCCCCGCCUACACCAUCUUCUCCCUGCUGGCGGCCCUGCUCAUCGCCGGCCAGGCCGUGACCGUCUACUUCGUGUACCAGCAGCAGCAGCACAUCAACAAGCUUACCCUGACGUCCCAGAACCUGCAGCUCGAGUCCCUUCAGAGGAAACUGCCCAAAUCACGCCUGCCGUUCAACAAGCUCCGCGUGGCCCAGCCCCUGCCCAUGAUGCUGGCAGGCCCAGAGAACCUCCCCUCCAACACCAAGCUGCCGCUCAGCAACAGCACCACGGACCAAGUGAUGCACCUCCUGCUGAAGGGGGCUCCCACCAAGAUAUACCCAGAGCUCAACGAGGGCUUCCAGGACAACAUGGAACAACUGAAGAACAACAUGGGGCACGAGAGCUGGCAGAACUUUAAGCACUGGAUGCAUCACUGGCUCCUUUUUGAGCUGAGCAAGAAGCCCCAGAACGCCACGCCGACCGAGACCCCGAAGCACGUGACUCCCAGGAAAGUUCUGACCAAGUGCCAGCAGCAAGCCAGUCUGGUCCCACCCGUCCACCCGGGCCAGUUCCGCCCCAAGUGCGAUGAGAACGGCAAUUAUCUGCCCCUCCAGUGCAAAGGCAGCACUGGCUACUGCUGGUGCGUCUACCCAAAUGGCACCAUGAUCACGGGCACUGAGAGCCGCACCCGCAAGAACUGCAGCGAUCUCCUGGAGCCCAUGUCCUCAGGGCUGGGGCUGGACCUGACCCAAGACAUAUAGAUGCAGCAACAGCAACAGCAGCAGCAGCGAUAACAGAAGAUGUGACGACUCUGCUCGCCCAGCUCUCCGCCCAGCCACUGCUUAGUGCUCCCUCGUUCUCCCUCCCUCAUCUCUCCUUCACGGACACCGCCCACCCCGUCCCCCACGCACCCCACAAACCCUCAGGUCCCUUCCCCUCCCCAGCUUCUGAAACGUUUAGGAAAGCCUCCUCAGGCCAACAGCUUAAGAGACACAAACCACCUGCCUCUGAGCCCAGAGCCGCCACCAUCACGAUGGAAGGGUCCCUUUCCUCGACCCCCUCUCCGCAGGGCAUCGAUCGACAGCCUGCCAAGGUGCCAGUGGGCCCCGCUGGAGAUGGCGUGAGGGGAGGCGGUGCCCCCUGCCCUCGCUGCUCCAAGCCAGAGAGGUCAGCCACCUGCCACUUUUGCCCAGGCGGUAGGCUAAAUGCGUAACUGCCAGCGACGGUGAGCGCGGGGCUUCCGAACCGUGUGAACGUGGGCCGGGUGGGAUCAAAGGUCAGGUAGAAGAGGGACCGCCCCCUUGCCUUCUUCCCGUUCCAACCUCCCCGAGCUGAAACCUAGAGCUCUCCCUGCAGAAAAGUCCCAGCUCAUUCCGAAAUAAACGUGGGAGAUGGAAGGUG